CCUAGUACUAUGCUAAUCCUCGUACGAUCUUUUUGUCUUCUACCUUUACCUUUUCCCUAGGCUGAUUUCCCUAGGACCCUUUACUAUAAAUCGUCCUUCCAGCUUGAUUUCAACUAUCAUGACAGAGAUAAUCAGUUUCUUGAUUUCGUGUUGGCAAAAAGGUUAGAUUUUCGUGUUGGUUGUUGCAUUUCUGGGAUAAUCGAGAAUUUUUCAAGGAGCUUGGCUGUGAAUUCGAGGAUGGAUUCGGAGAGGGAGCUUCAACACAAGCUGAUUAAUGCUGGGGUGAAGCUUCUGGUGCCAAUCUCUUCUACCGAUGAUCUCCUUGCCUCCCUCGAUAAACUAGAGGGCCUUUUAUCGGUCCUAGGUCAAGAUCCUUUCAGUUCGAUACGAGAUGCACUGUUGCCUUCGAUGAAGGCUCUGAUCUCUGAUAGGCUGUUUAGACAUCCUACUACGGAGGUCAGGAUUUCGGUUAUGUCUUGCAUCUCUGAGGUGUUAAGAAUCACAGCUCCACAUCAACCUUACGAGGAUGAAAAAAUGAAAGAAGUUUUUCAGCUAACUUUAGCUGCAUUUGAGAAGUUGUCUCUUUUAUCUGGUCGCUGUUAUUCUAAAGCUUUGCACAUUCUUGAAAUUGCUGCAACGUUCAGAUGCUGUGUUAUCUUGCUGGACCUAGGCUGCAAUGCAUUUGUCACUGAAAUCUUCGAACUCUUUCUAAGUACCAUUAAGUUCAACCACCCGCAUGCUGUAUUCUCCAACAUGGCAGAAAUUAUGACUUGUCUUAUAGAUGCAAGUGAUGAAAUUUUAUUAGAUCUUCUAAAGCCUCUUCUGAAUAGUGUGAAAAAGGAAAAUCAGAUUACUUCACCAGCUUCCUCUUGGCUAGGAGAGAAAGUACUAAAGAACUGCUCAACUAAAGUCAAACCUUAUCUCAUGAAUGCAUUGAAGUCAAUGAGUCUAGAUAUUAAUGAUUAUGCCGAUAUAGUUGCUUUGUUAUGCCGAGAUAUGCCAGCUGGGGCCAAUGUGGUGAUGGAGGAGUCAGGAAUGACUGCUGCUGACCUUGUGCAAGAUGAAGCUCAGCUUUGCAAGUCACUGCUAGAUGAUUGCACAGCUCAGGAGGCAUACAGUGAUGAUAAUGGAUCAAAUGAUAGGAAUUCUUCAAAGCUAUUGCAGAGCCAUGAACAAGUUGUUCAGCUGAAGAGCAUAGCUAAAAGAUCUGUUGCCCCUGGAGCUUUAGACGGUGGAGGAGAAAUGCAAGCAAGAGCAAGAGUACGAGUCAUGCCAAAUAGAAGGGGAAGAAAACCCAAUUCUCUGAUAAAACCGGAGGAAGGUUAUGAAUAUUCUGGGAUAACUGGACACCGAGAUUCUCACAGAAUACCUUGUAAGAAAAAGAAUCUUGGGAAAGUUAGCAGCUUACCGAGUAAUUCAUCUGCAACGGAGUCUGUUUUGCAGCCUGAAGCAGAAAAGGAUGACAAGCCAAGUUCUUUUCCGCCAAGAACGUUACAUUUUGACAGCAGAUGUGCUCCCAUUUCCCUAGAUCCAACUGAAGGAGGUAAAAGUCUUCAGAGAAAGAGUAGGCCAAGGAAGAAAGAGAGCAUGUUUAGUCAUGAUGUUAACAUUGCCAUGUUUGACAAGGAAGGUGUUUUACUGGAAGAUCAACUUAAGAAGAAAAGCUUGCCAGGUUCUGAUGGUUGCUUAAGAACAGGAUCAGACAAAACAGAAAAUGCUGACAAAAAACCUGGGAGAUAUUCAAGGAGGAAGAAAUCUGCUGUCUGUAACAACAUAGAGACAACCUUUGGCAUGAAGAAUGUAUUUGUAACAAAGGAAAAAGACAUGCAGAGUGAUUUGGAUGGAAAACCACUGCUUUUGUUUAGAAGGAAGGAUGGACAAAAAGGAAUGAAAGACAAAGAAAUUGAAAAAUCUGAGGUAUUAUGGUUGCAGAAGCCUAGAAUUGUGAAAGAGUAUGGUGAAGAAUUAAUUGGUUCAAGGAUAAGGGUCUGGUGGCCCAUUGACGGCAGUGGUUCUGCUUCUUUGAAACAGUUUACAAGUAAUAGGACAAUCUUCUGGGUGGCUUUGUUGAUAUGGGUGUUAAAUAGCUGA